UUCAAACAAAAACCACCACGCCCAUGGUUUGCGAUGAUGAUUUCAAUUGGUAUCCUCGUAAUUGCAUUGCUUCUUGGGCAUAUAAUCAACGCAACAGUGAAUUGAAUAGCCAAAGUUGAGGAUGAUUACCAUGAGAUGAUGGAGCUGCAGAAACGAGCAGAGGCAGCUGAUGUUGCUAAAUCACAGUUCCUUGCUACUGUGUCCCAUGAGAUCAAAACCCCAAUGAAUGGUGUUCUUGGAAUGUUGCAGAUGCUAACGGACACAGAUCUGGAUGUAACUCAACAAGACUAUGUCAGAACUGCACAGGGCAGUGGAAGAGCGCUGGUUUCACUAAUAAAUGAGCUUUUGGACCAAGCAAAGAUUGAAUCUGGUAAGCUCGAGCUUGAGAUUUACAGAGAUAUCUAA